GAAGGUUGGGCAUCCAAAGAAAGACGACUGCAAGGCUGCAAGGUCACUACUUCUGUCGGGGAUAGCUAUCGGUACGAGCCUCUAGCUUUUCUUCUCCUCACAAAUAAUCACAACUCACGCUCUUUUCGAAAAUUAAUACAAAUAUCAACAUGAUGAGCGAAGCUAUCAGCGACAGCAACAACAAUAACGGAACCGACACAGAGGCUCCCGUCGUCGUGAACAUGGCAAGAUACAAUCGCGACUUUGUGUCCGGGUGCAUCGACGAGGCAAGGGGGUUUAUCAUUUUUCGCAAGGACCGGAAGGAAGGUGCCUUUGAGGAAGGCUGCAAAAAGCUACAGGAAGGAUUGGAGAACUUGAAGCUCUACCCGAACCACAACAGCCGCCAGAUUAAACAAUCCAAGAGCCAAGAAGACAAGGCGGAUGACUAUUUCAAGGAGGGUAAAUUCGAAAAGGCCUACAAGACCUACGAGAAGGCAAUUCAUUCGCUCAAGACACGCCAGCUCUCGCCUUCGGGAUGUGCUUGUUGCAUUGUGUCCCUUGUUGUCAUUAUCCCAUUAAUGUUUUUUACCGGGGGUGGUAAUAGCAAAGGAACGGAGUGUUCCGCUGGAUGUGGUUGUAAUGACAAAGCCUUGCCCAAGGAACUUGACUAGUUAGCUGGAUGGUGUGUGGGUUGUGGGUGAGCUUCCAGCUCCUAACUAGCUAUCAUAGA